AUGUGUUUUUUUUUUUUUUUAUGUAUAUAUUUAUUAAAUACUGUAAAAGCAUUAAAAUCAACUAAUCAUCCUAAAAAAUGUCUUAAUAUUUUAGUUUCAAAUGAAGAUAUAUACAAAAAGAAACUUCUUCGACGUAACUUGAGUUUGUUUAGAAAUGGAAUAAAUUUUUAUUUUUGGAAAAAAAAGUAUCAUGAAAGAUCUAUUGAAGAAAAAUUAAAUGUUAUACCAGUUUAUAUUUUAACAAAUUAUAAUAAUUCACCAUACAUAUUUCAAGAAAAUGAUAAACAAGUUUGUUACUUGUUUUUAUGUCCACAUGAUGCAGAAAGUAUGUUGAAUGAAAUCACAAAAAAUAAUAGUAUAAAAAAUAUUAGCAAUAUAAAGAUUCAUAGUAUUAGUAUGGAAAAGGCAUAUAAUUUAAUAAAAGAAUUUUUGCUUUUAAAAACAAUGGAAAAGAAAAAUGAAGAUAUAAAAAAAAAUAAUAUAUAUUGGAAAUUAAUUCCAUCGAAAAAACAAAUUCAAAAUGCAUUAAUUUUUUUGUCUUUUAAAAAAAAAAGCGACUUAAUAUUUCCAGUUUUUUAUGUAGAAGGAUUAUAUAUACAUCGUGACUCAAAAAAUAUUAUACCAUUAUUUUUUGACUUAGAAGAUUUGAAAAAAACUAUUGAAGAAAAAUUUGAAAAAUCUUCCUUAAAAAAUUAUAAAAUUAAAGUACUCAAUUUUGUUGAUUUAAUUUUUUCGUUUAGAAUAGUCACACUUAAAUACAACUUAUUAUUUAUAUAUUUAUUACCUUCAUUUACAUUUUAUACUCUUUCUAUUACAUAUAUUUUAUUUUAUCAUUGA